GUGGGUGGGGGAGCCAGAUGACAAAAGGCCCAGUUACCUUUACAGUUUGUCUGCUGUACCUCAUGCACUUUGUUUCAGAAGAAAAGCACCAUUGAGAGACUCAUAUAAGGAGGCAGUCUUUCACACAGGGCUUGUGGGAAAUUUCUCUCCAACUUGUGGGUUUUCAGCUUGUCUAGAUUUACCUUGCACAUUCAGAGACAGCCCGGAACGGCAUAGCAUUUCUGCACGGGGGAAGAAAAAGCACAAACCACACCUGUGGGGGUGAGCUUUAUCUAAUCUGACACUUAACCAGUAUUUUCCAAUUUACACGUGUGCUUCCUCGGGGCUUUUCUAUUUACUUUUAAAAAAAUUGAUUUCUAAUUGAAGCUGUUCAUUGUUUCUUAAAAAAUUCCAAGCUAGGAGGUAUCUUGGCCUUUUUUAAUUUUAGAGCUUAAAAACAACGUUAAGCAACAAGAUUUGGUUUUUUUUCUUAAUUCAGUUUAGUAAGACUGAUUUUGGAAACAUUAGUGUGCUUCUUAUUUUUAAACUAGACCUGGAAACUUUCUUCUGUGCUAAAUCUUCAGUCACCUUCAGCUUCUUCCAUGCAUCUCACCGUUUACUUUUCUUUGUCUCAGUGGAUAAGCGCUUAAAAAGUCCUUUGCUAUGCUUGAAAACAAAUCUGCUUUGCUUUGCUCAGCACCCUGUUUUUGGAUUUGAAGCCCCUUUUCUGCAGGCUGGCAGAUGAGCUGCUUUGUUUUGGGUGGAGCGGAGGGCUGAGGCCACCUCUGGGUGAGCAGGCCUGGGCCUGGCUGUGGUGUCAGCGCCUAGCAUGGCAGCGACUGAACAGAGCCCUCGGCCCUGCAGCUGGCAGCCCGGCUAUGAGCUGUGAUUAACAGGCUCCAGCUCAGCUCAGUGCUUCUAAAAUGAAACAGCUGAGGACUGGGGCCAUGGCCACCUAAGCUGUGUGCGCUGCGAAGGAGGAAGCUGCUGGCAGGAGGGCAGAACAGGUCUUUGGGUUGGGAGGUAGCCUGACAGGGUUUCAGUAGUAGCUUUCUUUGCCUGUUAGCUUUGUCCUUUGAAACUGUGCGUGUGUGUUGGAGAAAUUUCCAGCCUCCAGCCUGCUUGGGGCUGCUAAUAACUACUUCAGGAAAGCAAUUCCACGGAACUUGCUGUAAUGAACAAGUUUGGCUGCUCUAAGGAAUAAGCUUAGUCUCUUUGUUAAACACUGUCAAGAUGAUUUUGCUCAGUAUCUCAGGCUGAGCAGUGUGGUUUGUUGUAGUGUUUUCUCCUGCUUGUUCACCCUCCCACUUCACGUCCCAACCUGCCAUUCUCUGCUCCUUUGGAUCUUGCAUUUUCGUUUGUGACUGUCACAAACCUGUUUGCGGAUGUAUACUCAGUGUAGUGUUUUCCUUGCAGGCUUAGUUUAGCUGUAUCAUGUUGAUGACUGAAACAACUUAAAAUUCCCUUGCUCUUGUGAGCUGUAUUUAGACUGCAUACAAAUAUUAUAUGCCUCUUUUUUUCACUGCUUCACAUCAUAGCAAAACUCUGGAAAAAUUCCAUCAUAUGUGAGUGAAACUGGUACAUAAUUUGAGCUCUCUUGAUAUUUGUUUCUAAAUACCAGACAGACCUAUGGUUGUAUUGGUCAAAACUAAAAAAUAGCAGUCAAGUGUCCUUUAUUGCAAUAUCAAGUUUUCCAAUUGGUAAUUAAGCUUUUUUUUAAAAAAAAAAAAAAAAAAAAAAUACCACUUUCACUCUUACCACUAGCUUUUUUCCUUUUCUUUCUGUCUUCCUCCUCUUCUGUCAGGCUAUGAAAGUACAUCUUGUGUAAGAGUUGUUGUGGUUGGUUUUUUCCUCUUUUUUUUUUCCUUCUGUUAGCUUUCUCAAGGCUACUUCAGUCUUGAUGUUAAAGAAGGUUUCUCAGUAACUCAUGUCCCGUUGGCUUGUCCUGUUUGCUGCCAAAUGUGGUGUAUUCUCUUAUUUUCUAACUUUAGGGCUGUGAAGGCAGAAUUUGAGGAAGCAGCUCUGCCAGCUGUAAGAUGAAGCUGUUGAACUGGAUGGGUAAUGUUGAAGGAAACAAAGCUGCAGUUGCAUAUCUAGUGCUAAGCAGUGUGUUAUUAGUUGCUCUUUGGGCCUUCUGAAGACUGUUAAAGUAACUGUUCUUCUGCCAGCUUCAAGGUGGGGUGUGCAGUGGAGAGAUGAAGCUGUGGAAGAAACUUGUUGCAGAGCAGGGAACAAUCAAUUAUCCUUACUAAGCAGUGUUUCCUUUAAGUGAUAUGAAUGUGAAGGGAGUAACAGGUCUCAUUUUCAUACAAUGCUAAAACCCAAUCAUAGAAACAGCCAGACAGUCUAGCUGUGUGCUGUUGAUGUAAUUUAACAGUCAAUCACAAAUACAGUUUAAAUAGGCAGCUAAAUACUUUAACACUACUAACAGUUGACCAUUCAUGAAUGUAUACUUAACAUAUCUGAUCUUAUAUUCCAUUUACUGUCUUUAAAAAAAAAAAAAAAAGCCUGGGUGAAUAAAUGAACUCUAAUGUACCUUAAAGGCUGUCUGAUUCAGAGUAAUUUAAACCAUAAAGUCAUGAGCAGAAAUGUGUUCAAAACAGAAGUUCCUUGCAGAAUAGGCGACCAGUAGCCUGACAUGGAGUCCACCCCUGCAUCUUGCCUCAUCUGAGUCUUUGUUCUGCUUUUGAAAGCCUGUCUUCCUGGACCUGAAGUCUACAGGUUUGAAGCUUUCAUAAGUCUGUAUUUGUAGUGCUCUGCACUACUAAUUGUGGGGCAGUUUUGAAGGCUUGUCUUUUUUCUUUUUUUUCUUUUUUUUGGGGGGAGGAGGGUGGUGUAAUAUAAUGCAAGUAGUUAAAAGGGGAUGAAAGACAAUCUAAAUAAUCAUGAAUUUAUGUGCUUAGGUAAACUAACAAAGGUUGCUACUGGGAAUGACUUGACAAAGUGUUAAAUGAAGGAAAUGUAAUUCUAUUAAGCAAAGGCUUAAGGAAAGUAAUAUGCCUGGUGGCCUUGAUGAAAUCAUAGUAGAACUGUGGAAACAACUUCUGUGAGACUUGAGCAAGACAGAAUAAUGCAGAAUCAGUGUCAUGUGCUUUAACAUGUCUUACAGCAGUACUUCAUUCAAACCCAUUGUGUAACGGCUUCUUGAAUUUGUACUUUCACAUCUUCAUUUUAAUUAUUGUUUAAAAAUAAUCCUUAGUCAGGUUGGCAGGCAACCCAAUGUAGAAAGAACUGAUCAACUGUUAGGAGAGGUGUGCUGGUUACACUGGAAGAUCCUGAGCACUAAGAAAGCUGAGUGCAGAUGGGCACUGGAUAGACCAACUAUUGACCUAUCAAGCAUCAGUAAUGUAGGCUGUGGUUUUUGGUCUGGCCUUUCCUGAGGUUGAGUGAUAUUGUAUGACUGAUGUAGAAACAUAUUAGGCUGCAUAAUGAUUGAACAUAUGGGCCCAGCAUUAUUUUGUAGACAAACAAUUUAUGCAGCCCUUGGUUCUGUAAAUGAGUAGGUCUGCAGAAGGUACAGGAUGUGGAGAUUAUCCCCUGUGCUUAUUUCAUCUGACGGUUGGGACAGAUUAAGGUCUGUGUACAACAGUUCAGGGAUGUGGUGCCUUGUUUGGAGGCUGUCACGUUGUGUCUGAGCAUGUCCUAACACAAGUUUGCCUGGGUUCAGUUGUAUAGGAUAUUUUUUUGUUCAAAAAAUUUUUCAUCCAACCUUUCCUUAGCUUUAGUUUAUAAGUCCAGGCUCGUGUACGUACAUACAGCAGCAGUGAACAAUGGAGCACCAUUCUAAUGCAAUUCCUUAUCAGCCCUUCCCUGCUCACAGAGCUCAUGAAUGAGGGAUGUUCUUCCUGACCAGUUGUGUGCUGGAAAUCGUUCAGAUGUGUUGCUAUUUUUAAAGACAGCCUUUGUAGGGCAGAGUCCCUCCCUCCUUAAGUAUAUCUAGAAACCAUUUGCUUUUCAUGCAAACUGAAACUUGUACGGAACGUAGCUGAGGAAUUCAACCAGUGUGCUGUGAGUGGGCUUUCUUACGCUGCCUUAUUUCGUCCUGAGAGUCCAUGUUUGGAAAAGGGAUUUUGAAGGGCUGUUCUCCCAGCAGUUGCUUACAGCAUGUGUGUGUGCAGCCUAUCAGCGUGUCUUGUACCUUGGCUGUAUAAACUGUAGGGCUGGCUCACAGACUAAAGCAUCUAAAUUUAGAUGCCAGGGUGUGAGCUCAUUGCCCGCACUCCCAUUAUAGUCUGCGGAGACCUCAUCAGUGGACCUGAAGAGCUGCUCAGCUGACUGAAUUCACCAAUUACAAUAACGUGAUAGAAGCAAACUCAGAUUCAGAUGACGAAGAUAAAUUGCAUAUAGUGGAAGAAGAAAGUAUAACUGAUGCAGCAGACUGCGAUGCAAGUGUGCCAGAAGAUGACUUGCCAACAGACCACACCGUGUUACCAGAAAACAGUGAGAGGGAAGGGAGCACAAACAGCUGCUGGGAAGAUGAAGGAAAAGAAACAAAGGAAAUCCUGGGGCCUGAAGCUCAGUCAGAUGAAGUUGGAUGUACAGUAAAAGAAGAUGAAUGUGAUUCUGAUGCAGAAAAUGAACAGAACCAUGACCCUAAUGUUGAAGAAUUCCUUCAACAAGAAGAUACAGCUGUUAUUUACCCUGAAGCACCUGAGGAGGACCAGAGACAAGGCACACCAGAAGCUAGUGGUCAGGAUGAAAAUGGAACGCCCGAUGCAUUUUCCCAGCUGCUCACUUGCCCGUACUGUGACAGAGGGUACAAACGCUUCACCUCUCUGAAGGAACACAUUAAAUACCGCCAUGAAAAGAACGAGGAUAACUUCAGUUGCUCCCUCUGCAGUUACACGUUUGCGUAUAGAACACAGCUGGACCGCCACAUGACGUCGCACAAGUCGGGACGAGAUCAGAGACAUGUGACGCAGUCCAGUGGUAAUCGAAAAUUCAAGUGCACUGAAUGUGGAAAAGCUUUCAAAUAUAAACAUCAUCUAAAGGAACACCUACGAAUUCACAGUGGAGAGAAGCCAUAUGAGUGCCCAAACUGCAAGAAACGUUUUUCCCAUUCUGGUUCAUACAGCUCACACAUAAGCAGUAAGAAGUGUAUUGGUUUGAUGCCCGUGAAUGGUCGAGCUCGGUCAGGGCUCAAGACGUCUCAGUGCUCCUCCCCUUCCCUUUCUGCAUCGCCCGGUAGCCCAGCAAGACCACAGAUACGACAAAAGAUAGAAAAUAAACCCUUGCAAGAGCAACUUCCUGUUAACCAAAUUAAAACUGAACCUGUGGAUUAUGAAUUCAAGCCCAUAGUGGUUGCUUCAGGAAUUAAUUGUUCGACCCCUUUGCAGAAUGGGGUUUUUAGUGGUGGUAGCCCGUUGCAGGCAACCAGUUCUCCUCAGGGUGUGGUGCAAGCUGUUGUUCUGCCAACAGUGGGUCUGGUGUCUCCCAUAAGCAUCAACUUAAGUGACAUUCAAAAUGUACUUAAAGUGGCAGUGGAUGGUAAUGUAAUAAGGCAAGUAUUGGAAAACAAUCACGCUAAUCUUGCAUCCAAAGAACAAGAAACAAUCAGCAAUGCAUCUAUACAACAAGCUGGCCAUUCCCUCAUUUCAGCUAUCAGUCUUCCUUUGGUUGACCAAGAUGGGACAACCAAAAUUAUCAUCAACUACAGCUUGGAGCAGCCAAGUCAACUUCAGGUUGUUCCCCAAAAUCUAAAAAAAGAACAUUCUGUUCCUACAAACAGUUGCAAAAAUGAAAAGUUACCAGAAGAUCUUACGGUGAAGUCUGAGAAAGAUAAAAACUUUGAAGGAGAGACCAACGAUAGCACUUGUCUUCUUUGUGAUGACUGUCCAGGAGAUCUUAAUGCACUUCAAGAAUUAAAGCACUAUGAAACAAAAAAUCCUCCUCAGCUUCCCCAGUCCAGUGGAACAGAAGCUGAGAAGCCCAGCUCCCCUGCCCCAUCAGAAACUGGGGAGAACAACUUAUCUCCUGGUCAGCCACCCUUAAAGAACCUUUUAUCGCUCCUAAAAGCAUAUUAUGCAUUAAAUGCACAACCAAGCGCAGAAGAGCUUUCAAAAAUUGCCGAUUCCGUGAACCUACCACUGGAUGUGGUAAAAAAGUGGUUUGAAAAAAUGCAAGCUGGACAAAUUUCUGUGCAGUCUUCUGGACCAUCUUCUCCUGAACAAGUUAAAAUAAGCAGUCCCACAGAUAACGAUGAUCAAGCAGCAACUACAAAUGAGAGUGAACCCCAGAACAGCACAAACAACUCACAAAAUCCGGCCAAUACAAGUAAAUCUCAGACUUCAUCAGGGGGAUCAACUCAGAAUGGUUCGCGCAGUAGCACGCCAUCCCCAUCACCACUAAACCUUUCUUCAUCAAGAAAUUCACAGGGUUAUACGUACACAGCAGAGGGUGUACAAGAAGAGCCACAAAUGGAACCUCUUGACCUUUCACUACCAAAGCAACAUGGAGAACUGUUGGAAAGAUCUACCAUAACUAGUGUUUACCAGAACAGUGUUUAUUCUGUCCAGGAAGAACCUUUGAACUUAACUUGUGCAAAAAAAGAACCACAAAAGGACAACAGUAUUACAGACUCUGAUCCUAUUGUAAAUGUAAUCCCACCAAGUGCCAAUCCCAUAAAUAUUGCUAUACCUACAGUCACUGCCCAGUUACCUACAAUUGUUGCCAUUGCUGACCAGAACAGUGUUCCAUGCUUGAGAGCUCUUGCUGCCAAUAAGCAAACCAUUUUGAUUCCCCAGGUGGCUUAUACGUACUCUACUACAGUUAGUCCUGCAGUUCAGGAAACACCACCAAAACAGACCCAAGCCAACGGAAGUCAGGACGAAAGGCAGGACACUAGCUCAGAAGGAGUAUCGAAUGUAGAAGAUCAAAAUGAUUCUGAUUCAACACCCCCAAAGAAAAAGAUGAGAAAGACAGAAAAUGGGAUGUAUGCAUGUGAUUUGUGUGACAAAAUAUUCCAGAAGAGCAGCUCAUUAUUGAGACAUAAGUAUGAACACACAGGUAAAAGACCUCAUGAGUGUGGAAUCUGUAAAAAAGCCUUCAAACACAAACACCAUUUGAUCGAACACAUGCGACUGCAUUCUGGGGAGAAACCCUACCAAUGUGACAAAUGCGGGAAGCGCUUCUCACACUCGGGGUCGUACUCUCAGCACAUGAAUCAUCGCUACUCCUAUUGCAAAAGAGAGGCAGAGGAGCGUGACAGCACAGAGCAGGAGGAGGUGGGACAGGAGGUGCUCAGCAGCGAGCAUGCUGGUGCCAGGGCAUCGCCAUCGCAGAUCGACUCCGAUGAGAGAGAGAGUCUAACCAGGGAAGAAGAGGAAGAUAGUGAAAAAGAGGAAGAGGAGGAGGAAGAAAAGGACGUAGAAGGACUUCAGGAAGAAAAAGAAUGUAGAAAACUACAAGAUGUAGAGGAGGAAGAAGAAGUAGAAGAAGAAGAAGAAGAAGAGGAAGGGAAAACUGAAGGUAACAAGAACGAUGAUGUUGUAAAUCGAGCAAGCAAUGCAGAACCAGAAGUUAUACAGAGCAAUGGGCAGGUGUCAGAAGAAAAAACAAAUAAAGCUUAAAUGAUAGUUUUUUCUAUAUGGAAAAAAAUAAAUCAGUAAUGAAGAUCGUUCUAUAUUAUACAUGCUUUUCAUGGAAACACGGUAGCCUGCAUACUGUGAUUUCUGUUCACUACUGUGUAAAAAAAUAUAUAUAUAAAAAAAAAGAAAAAAGAAAAAAAAAAGAAAUCCAGGUGUGCCUGAACCUCAAACUUAGUAAUUUUUCACACAGUUUUCAAAGUUAGGAACAAGUUUGUAACAUGAAGCAGAUUAGAAAAAUACAGUGACUCUGGAAGCAAAGGUUUAACAGGUUGUAGGAAACCUGAUUUAUUAGACAAGCAUCUGGCAUUGUUUGUUUUAUCAGUAUUAAUUCUCAUUCUUACGUUCAUUAAUUUUUAAGCUGUACAAUUGGGAGAGAUUUAUAUGAUUUUUUUUUUUUUUUUAUGGCAAAACAUUUCCUAAAUCCGCUUCAGUAUUUUAUUAUGUUUUUAAAAUGUGAGAACUUCUGCACUACAGAAUUCCCUUCUGCAGAAACCUCUAACAGUGCUUGGCUACCUUUGUAAAUUCAACCUAGAAGGUAGCGGUUAUAACAUUAGAUGUUGUAGUAGAGCAUAUUAUCAUUUAAAGUGUAUUGUUAGCCUUAAGAAAGCAGAUGAUAGAAGAACUGAAGUUUCUUACUCAUGUGGUUAAAAAUGUAGUUGAAAAGAUUGUUGUUGAGUUCUGAUUGCAGGGACUAACAGUGUUAAUACCGGUAAGGACAGCAAAGUCGUCAAAAUCAGUGUUUGUAAUUGUGUUUUGAGUAUGUAGUAACAAUAUGAAGGAUAUGAUAUGAAGCUUUGUAUCUCCUUUGGCCUUAUGCAAGACCUGUGUGCUGUAAGUGCCAUUUAUCAGUAUUACAAAGGCUCUCACCGGCCUUUCUCCAAUGCGUGGCCUACAAUAACUAGCAUUUGUUGAUUUGUAUCAAACUUCUAAUCUAAUCAUGGGGGAAAAAACACUCAGCCAUCAGAGAAGUAAGAACACUGGUAUCUUUCAUUAUUUAAUUAUUUGGUGGUAUUUUUGGUUAAUACCUGACUUGCAGAAUUUCUCUACGAUAAUUACAAGGGAAAUUUUCUAAUCUGCUUUAUUGCUUUAUCAGUUUACUUUAAUUUCAGACACAUACAUGACAUGUUAUCUGGCUCAUAAGUAUUUUCAAAUGUUAGUUAUUAUGGACCCCAUUUAUUAACAAUGUUAGCUGAUUUUUACCUAUCAGUAUUAUUUUAUUUCUUUUAGUUUAUAGAUCUGUGCAACAUUUUGUACUGUAUGUCUCCAAACCUGGCAGUAUUAAUACCCUUCUUACUGACAUAUGUACCUUUUUAGUUUUAGAAAACUUUUAUAUUUAUGUGUCUUAUUUUUAUAUUUCUUUAUUUAUUACACAGUGUAGUGUAUAAUACUGUAGUUUGUAUUAAUACAAUAAUAUAUUUUAGUAUGAAAAUUUGGAAAGUUGAUAAGAUUUAAAGUAGAGAUGCAAUCGGUUCUCUUGCAUUGAGAUUUGAUUUAACAGUGUUAUGUUAACAUUUAUACUUGCCUUGGACUGUAGAACAGAUGAAUUAAAAUGGGAAUGUAUUAAUUUUACAAUUGCAAUCAAUUCAUUUUACCUUUACCCAGUUUUUAAUAUAAAGCUCUUAAAUUUUGAAAUUCACUGUGUGACUAAUAGCAUGAUGCUCUGCAGUUUUAUUAAGAGAUUAGCCUAACCAUAAAACUCUCAUUUCCUUAGUAAGCCAAAUUAGAGUAAUCUUAUAAACAGUGUUGGGAACAACGUUUAACUUUUUUGUGCCAAUUUGUUCCUGUAUUCAUGUAUGUAUGUUACAAAUCUGAAACUUCAUUUUUAAGUUCCUUGUUACAUCAUGGUCAUUUUCUAGUUUUUUACCAGACUCCCCAUCUCACAAUAAAAUACGUCAACAAGUCUGA